GCGAUUUCAUUUUAAUUGAUUAACACGCAGGCGCCGUUGAAAUAUCUUCAUUCAAUGACAGUCAAUCAGCGAAUUUUCACAUCGACAAAGAAAAUAUAUAAUUUUGCUAAAAACCAACAGCUAUGCUGCAUCAUCAAUUCUGGAUAACAAAAAAAACGGUGCAGCGUAAACUUGGCACCAAGGAAGAUGCACACAUUAUCUCAUCUGAUGCUGAUCUCGAUGCAAAGAUUGAAGUUUACAAGUCAAUAGCAAGCACCAGCUUCGAAUUGGGAAAAAUCAUUGACCAGCUGCAAGAAAGACUGUGCAUACUGUCGCAGGAGGAGUGUGUUUUCGGGCGGUUCCUUAAAGAAGCUGGGAAACGUAGCAAAACCACUGGCCAAAGCAUAACAAAUACGGGCAAAGCAGUUUCAUACAGUGGGCAACAGCGUAUGUGUGUUCGCGUGCCAUUGCUAAGGCUGCAUCAUGAAGUGGAAGUAUUUCGCAGUAGAGCUGUUUGCGAUACCCAGGCGACGCUCCAGAUUAUGGAAAAAGAGCGCACUGAAUAUCGUGCUGCGCUUUCGUGGAUGAAGUCAGCCAGCACGGAAUUGGAUCCAGACACCGGUAAAGGUCUAGACAAGUUUCGCACAGCACAGACCCAUGUGCGUACAGCCAAGCGUAACUUCGAUGGUCUCUCGAUGGAUUCGAUACAAAAAAUUGAUUUGCUGGCUGCGGCUAGAUGUAAUAUGUAUUCACACGCAUUAGUUUCAUACAUGAGCGAAUUAAAGGAGUUUGCACAAAAAACGUCCAGCACAUUCGAGACAAUAUCAAAGUCUUUGCUACAGAAACCAAAAUAUGAUUUUUGUGUACUGAAGGAGUUGACACAAAACGAAGGCAGGGUCGAUGAGGAUAAGAUUGAUGACAUCGUAGCGUUGGAUAAAGAUCAAUCAUUAUUUUUUGAAAGUGAAUACAGCGAUGAAAAGGAUAGUAAAAGUCAAACCCAAGCAAAUAACACUGAUAUAUUGGACACGGCUGUGACGAACGACAAUACGCUUAUUGAACUGACAGCAAAUACUGAUGAUGAGCUUUUAAUACCAACCGAUACUAUUGACCACAAUAACGCAGUUACACAACAAAGUAUAUGGUCUGGCCUAUGGCCACUUGGUCAUUCCAUAGGUCAUAGCAACAAUAAUGUUAAAUCAAUGGCAAACGAGAAAACUAUUUUGGAUUUAACGCAACACAAUUUGAAAAUGAAUGAAAAUACUAUCGACGAUUCUAUCUCAAAAACAGCGAAGUCAAGUAAUUGGAUGGAUCUUUUUGCCGAAUUAGAUCCUUUAGCUAAUCCAGAGGCAUUUGAUUUGAAGCUAAGCGGUGGUCGUUUGAAUGCGCAACAAAUUUAAGUUCAUUUACAUAGCAUAUUUAGUAUGGCGCAUGAAAAUUCAAAUAUAAAAGUAUGUUUGUAUAUUGUCACAAGAACUGAAUGACUUCAAAAGUUUUUAGCUUACUUUAAUUUUUGUUAAAGAAUGUAAAAUGACUAGGCUAUGUAUAUUAUUUCUCAAUAUUUAUGCUCUGAACAGGGUAUAUUAAGUUUGCCACGAAGUUGGCUACACCCAGAAAAAAUGCAGGAUACCCUAUAAAGUAAAGAUUUAAAUGAUCCGUCUGAAAUUUUACACAUGUUAUUUUUUCUCCAAGAAGCUGCUCAUUAGUUGGAACGCCUAUAGCAUUUAGCUGCCGUACAAACUGAUUUAUCAAAAUGAAGUUCGAAUGUAAGGAACUUUUUGAUUUGACAAUGUCUCCUUCACGAAAUUUAUCACAGAUUAUAAUCGAAAUUUUGUGGGAAUACCUUCGCAAAUAAAUAAAAUAUUACGUAAAAGAACUUAAGUUUGAACGACCAGUUUUUAUGGACCGUUAGUUCAAACUUAAGUUCUUGUAUGGAAUAUUUUAUUUAUUUGCAAAGGUAUUUUCACAAAAUUUCCCAUGGAUUUUCGCCAAAGGUAUGCCUUUAAUCUCCGAAUCAUCUGACCGAUCAAAUUCAAUAUCUUUUAUAAUCAUUUAUUCUAUAAAAAAUGCAUUUGGGAGGUGUAUUAUAAUAUUAGGUUAAGGCUUUUUCCUGUUUUAACUGUUCUUUUUAUUUACCUAUCGCCGCAAAGAGUUUAUUCAAUAGAAUGUAUACUAGUAAAUGAAACAUUUAUCAGUUUUUAAAUUUUGUCAUUCCACAUUUAUAAUACAUGCGUACACUAAGUUUUAGAAAAUGCGCUAGGAGAAACAAAUUUAGUAAAUUAAAAAUUGUAUUGGCUGUCAGUAAGCAGUUAUAUUUUAAUGUAAGCGACAUUAACACUUCAUAUUUUACUAGUGUUAUAUUGUCACCAUGUAAAGUAUAUGUGUAAUGCGCAUUAAUCAUAUUACUAUAUCUCUAUAUAUGAUUUAACGUGUUUAUUUGAAUUAUAUUACAUAAAAUCCAUUUAAAGGGACAAAUAAAUAAUCAUUUUUAUGUGUA